UCAGAGGGGGGGCUGGGCCGGGAGCCCAAGCUGGAAUCAAGAGGUUCUUUACUAAGCAAAGUGCGACAGCUGCUGCUGUUGAUGCUGCGGCUUCUGGUGCUGCUGCUGCGGCUGCUGCUGCUAGCUCUGCAGGUGUCAAAACGAAGUCGGAGCAGGAGCAGCAGGAAGAGGGGAGGAUGAAGGAGCGGGAGAGGGAGUGGGAGAGGGAAGAGAGGGAGAGGCGGGAGGUGUGGGGAGCGGUGGGGUGGGAUGUAUCGCGGGUGCUGUGGCCCAUGGUGGCCUUCCUGGUGUGGCGGUGCAGGGUGUGCGCUGAUACCAUCACCACAGGCGGACAGAAGCUCGUAUUCGUCCGUCUCUUCGAGAUCCUUCCCCUGGCAGUCAACCACCUCCUCCCUUCCUCUUCUCUCACCAGCAGCAGCAGCACCCCCUCUGCUGCUGCUGCCGGUGCUGCUACAGGCAGCACUGCCCCUCCCCAUCGUACAGCCCCUGGCCUUUACACUGCCGGUCCCGACGGUAAGCUCUCUCUCUUUCCCCGCGCUACUUCCCUCCCGAAGAUACCGAACCUGCUGCUGGACCGGAACGUCGGCCAGACCUGGGGUGGUGGCUCGGCAGGGGUACGGAUCUUAUGGUUUGGGGAUGGAGAAAUGGGAGCUAGUGGAGGAGGAGGAGCAGGGGGAAAGGGAGGGGGAGAGGCCGAGGGUGAGGCUGAUUGGGUGGCUGACGUGGCAGCUUGUGUGACUGUAAAGGACGUGUCUAUACUGCAUCGUUGGGUGGAUGCAUCAGAGUCAGUGCUCAAGGCUUUACAGGUUACAUGGCAACUGUUUGGUCAGCAGAGCAGUGAAUGUAACCGAAGUGGAAUCAGUAUCACCAGAAGCAACAUAAGUGGUGGUAAAAGUCGAGGUGGGAUGUGGGGGAGGUGGAAAUGGGCUCUUCUGUUGAGGGAUUUCUGUAGCUGUCUGAUAGCUGGGAUUAAGCUUAGUGCAGAGGUGAAUCUGACGAAGGAGCAGAAGGAGAGGCUCCUAGAGGCAGCACAGCAGGCAGCAUCGCUUGUUUCAGCUUCGGAUGCCGAACCUCCGCCAAAGAAGCCGCUGCCGAACCUAAGGGGAAGGGUGGUUGAGACUAUAGAUCUGGAAGAUAUUGAGGAGGAGGAUGUGGCUGGAGUAGAAAAGGCGACGCACGGAAGAGAGGAGAGGGAGAGGAUGGAGGUGGAGGAGGAGGGGGAGAGUGAGGGGGAGAUGAGCUUGGAGGAGGUAGAGGAGGAGGGGAUGGGGGAGGAGGAGGAGGAGGAGGAGGAGGAAGAGGAAGAGGAAGAAGGGGAGGAGGAAGAUGAGGUGCCAAUUGGGCAGUUAAAACGAGGUGAUAACGGCGGGUCUGCAGAGGUUUCUGCUGCUGCAACUGGCCCUGGGGUUCCACCUGGGUCAGGUGCAUCUGCAAAGUCAGCGCCGUCUUUUCCCUUCACUGCCGGCCCCUCACCCUCCUCCCCCUCCUGCCAAUCCGCCUCUCCCCUUUCGUCUCUCCUCUCCUCCCGGGCAGCAAAGCAGCGGCGCCGAAACACACUCGAAAAAUACCUGCGCACUCAAGUUGCGGCAGCUGCCACUGACGCUGCUGCUGCUGCUGCUGGCGCUGUCACAGGCAACGGGAAAAUGAGGGCAGGUGCAAGAAUCGGUGCAGGGGGGGUAGUUUUUAAGAAGCCGCGCAGCCUUUUGAGCAGGAAACCAGGCAUGAUGAAGGGAGCCGGGGCUGGGAGCAAGCUGGCAGCAAUAAGGGAGACGCACAAGGCUGGGGUGGAGCAGAGAAACAGUGCCAUGGGGGACGUGCAGCGGCAAAUCAGAGAGCGACAGCUGGCGGAGAGGCUGAAGCAGCAGCAGGGGGGGCCAGGGGGAGCAGGUGCAACUGUGGAUCCGUUUGCGUUUACUGCAGAGGCGCCGUCUCAUGCAGGCUUAUCUGGUAAAGCGCCCGUUUCACCAGCAGCAGCACGUUCAGCAGCAGCAGCAGCAACAGAGCCACCAGCAGCAGCAGCAGGGAAAGCAAGAGCAGUGCUUCUGGAGGUGCUGGCUGAUGAUGACUUGGAUGCAGAGCUUGAGAGAGAAGCAGCCAAAGCAAGGAGACCUGGAGGAAAGCUCUCCAUAGGCGGGCUUGAGGGCAUGAGCCGAGUCGCAGACCAGAUCAAACGCAACCGAACCAUCGCCCUAGGCUCGGACCGGACCACCCCGGCAGGCUUGGCAGACAGGCUCGGCAUCAAGGACUGGAUGGCUUGGAAGAAGCCGCCCCUGCCGAAGCUGGACGAUUGGUUCCGGAAGAUCCUGGCCAUGGAUUACUAUGAGGUGGUGUCUGGUUCCGAGCCUGCAGGUUCGGCGAGCCGGGGGCUGGUUCGGGUGCCGGACGAGUUUGAUUCGGUGGCAGAUUACGUCCGGGUGUUCCAGCCAUUGGUCCUGGAAGAAUUCAAGGCUCAGCUUCGGCGAUCGUACGAUGAUGCUGUUGGCUCUGGUGGAGGGGGAGGAGGAAGGGGAGAAGGGGGGGGGAGAGGUGGUGGGGGGAGCGCUGCUGUAGCAGCAGGGGGGCCACCAGCAGAGAGAAGGGGAGGGGCGGAGGUGGCGUAUGUGGGCGCGCUGAGAAUGCUGUCGAUAGAGAGAGUGGAUGAUUUUCAGUUGGCUCGAUUUAUGGCGGAGCAGGGAGCAGCGUCGGGGUCGCGGGCUUUCUGUGGGGAGAAUGACCUCGCGCUGCUCACUCGCAACGUGCCGGAUCAUGCUGCUGCAGCUGCUGCUGCUAGUGGUGCUGGUGCUGGUGGUGCGGCUGCUUCUGCACAGCAGAUGGUUCACGUGUUGGCGAAGGUAGAGCGUAGGGAAUAUGAGAGGGAAUCUCGAGCAGUGAUUCUCCAGCUGCGGUUCUUUCUCCCUCUCACCGGCUCCCCUCGCCUUGCGCGCACCAAGCAACUCCUAGUCGAUCGCAGCACGUGGCACGUGACGCGCAUUCUCUCCCUCGUGCCGCAUAUGAGGGAGUUCCAGGCGCUGGCGGCUGCUCAGUACCUGCCGCUGCUGCCCCCGCUGCUCAAACCUAGCUUCUUUGGCUCAACCGCUACUGCUGCUGCUGCUGGUGGUAAUUCUACCACGGCUGCCGACUCUUCAGCUGUGAACGUAUCUCUUGAGGGUACGCCCUUGCCGCUCUCGCUGAGGAAUAAGUACGAGUCUCAGUUCAACAGUUGUCAGCUGCAGGCUAUCAAGCAUGCUGUUGGGAUGAGCAAGGGCGGAGCAGCAGGCAACACCCCUGGUUUAGGCACUGCUUGUGCUGCUGGUCAUGCUGGUUUUGAGUCUGCCAGCGCUGGUCUUUUCGCAGCUGCUGGUUUUGGUGGUGGUGGUGGUGGUGCAGAGGAGAACCGCAAGCUGGUCUUGGUGCAGGGGCCGCCAGGCACAGGCAAGACCCGCACCAUAGUCGCCAUCAUCACUGCCCUGCUAGCAUGCAGGAAAAAGGCAGGGGGUCAGGAGCACUCUGGAGUGGAAGAGAGGGGCGCGGUUUGGGAGUCAGAACCAAGGUCUAAUGCUGCUGUGGAUGAGAUCAUAUCUCGGAUUUUCCGGGCACAUUCGGAAUCGGCAAAGGAUGGGUGGGAUGAUGAGAUGGUGCGAUCUCAGCCGUCGGUUGUGCGCGUUGGGAACGUGUCAGCCGUCCAUCCGGACUCCCUCCACAUUCACAUUGACACUCUCGUGGCGAAAAGACUGGCUAAGGAAGCAGCUGGGCGUGCUGUAAACGCUGGUGAUAAUAACGAGGGGAGAAGAGAGAGUGAGGUUCUGGGAGAGAAGGACUGGAGGGACGUGUUUGGUGAUGGGGCGUUUGCUGGUGCUCGUGGUGGCACUGCUGGUGCCACUGCUGCUGGUGUUGCUGGUGGUGGUGCUGGUGGCAGUGGUGGUUUAGGGACUGAGGGAGCUGUGAGAGAGCGGGUGGCUCAGUUGAGGCAGCAAUUAGAACGUGCUUUUGAAGUGAUCCGAGCAGUUGAGGCACUUAGAUGCAAGAAACGCUUAGAGGAGAAUGGGGAGGGUGGGGAGGAGAGAGGAGAGGAGGGAGGGGAUGGUGGGAAGACUGCUAAUGCAAGGGAGAGUAGGAAGGAGGGUGCAAGGGGAGGGGGGGAGGAGGAGAAAACAGCUGAGAAAAUAGCUGAGGAGAUUAUAUCGCAUGGGGAAGAAACUAUUAAGGCGAGGCUUAAUCUGCUGUACCGGAAAAAGCGGGAAAUUUCGGCUGACCUGGCAGCAGCAGAGAAGGAGCGGCGGGCAGCUGCCGAGGAGGAUAAAGCGCGGCGGGCAGCGGUGAAAAAAGAGAUUAUAAGGGAGGCAGAAGUGGUGGUUACCACACUGAAUGCGUGUGGAGGCGAUGUGUUUACUGCUUGCUGGGAGGGGGCAGGGGAUAAAGGGGGGAGAGGGGGAGGAGUGGAGGGUGGUGGUGGUGGUGGUGGUGGUGGUGGUGGUAGGUUCGGGGGGACUGCAGGUUUGGGAGGAACUGGUUUUGGAGUGAGAGCAAGGGGAUGGGUAGGAGGCAUGGGAGGAGGAGCGAGGGGGGCUUCAGGUGGUUUUUCAGGUGGAGCGUCAGGUGGGGUGCUGCCGUCGUGGAUGGAGGGGCUGUUUGAUGCGGUGGUGAUCGAUGAGGCGGCUCAGGCACUGGAGCCAGCCACCUUGAUUCCUCUGCAGCUGCUCUCUCGGGUCAACAGCCGGUGCAUCAUGGUGGGCGACCCCAAGCAGCUCCCAGCGACGGUCCUCUCCCGCACGGCAUCCAACCUGCGCUACGAGCGCUCCCUCUUCGAGCGGCUCCAGACGUCUGGUUACCCGGUUACCAUGCUGUCGAUGCAGUACCGCAUGAACCCCCACAUCUCCCUCUUCCCCUCCUCCUUCUUCUACCAGUCUCUCCUCUCCGACGCCCCCUGCGUCACCGCCCCCUCCUGGUCCUCCCCAUUCUGCUCGUUGCCGUCUCGUUCCUCCGCCUCCUCUCAUCUAUCCUCGUUACAGUCAGCCUCGUUACAGCCUCAGCUGCAUGGCCAGCACAGUGUGGCGUCAACAGCCCCCUUGCUUCCAUACGCUGUUUUUGAUGUGGAGGAUGGAGUGGAGAGGACCAGGGGACCAGCAGGGGCGCCUUCAUUGUGCAACGAAGGGGAGGCGGCGGCUGCUCUGGAGCUGUUUCGCCUGCUCCAGCAGCGAUUCCCUGAGGAGUGUUCGCCAGGCAGAGUAGGUGUCAUCACUCCCUACAAGCAGCAGCUGUACCUGCUAAGAGACACUUUUAGCCGAGCGCUGGGGCGCGGUGCUGCUGCAGACAUUGAGUUUAACACAGUGGAUGGUUUUCAAGGGAGGGAGGUGGAUAUCCUUAUCUUCUCUACCGUCCGUGCAUCUCCUACUUCCUUCGCCCCCUACUCGUCCUCAUUCCGAUCCUCCUCCCAUCCCUCCUCCCAUCCCUCCUCCUCCCACCCUUACUCCUCUCACCAUUCCUCUAACCACCCCUCCUCAUCCUCCUUCCCUUCCUCCUCUCCCCUUGGAAAACCCACCAACGGCGAGCGACCGUCGCGAGAAGAGAGGAGGACCGUUGGAUUCGUGGCAGAUGAACGGCGGAUGAACGUGGCUCUGACCAGAGCCAGGAAAGCGCUCUGGAUACUGGGGCAUGCAGCAACGCUGGCACACAGCAAGCCGUGGUGUGCGCUGCUGUGUGAUGCUAGGGAGAGAGGAGUGGUUUUAACAGCGAGGAGGCCGUAUAGGGAGGGGCUGGUGAGAGGGGAGAGGGCUGAUUUGAGGUUCCUGCCAGAGACAGGGAGGAGUGGAGGGGAGGAGGGAGGGCGGAAGGGAGGAGAGGACGGGGGAAGGGGGCGGGAUGGAGGGGAGGAGGGAAGGAGGAAGGGAGGAGAGGAAGGGGAGAGGAGACGAGGAGGGGAGGGGAGGCGUGAGAGAGGUGAAAGGGACGCGCAGGGUAGAGAAAACGAGGAAAGGCAACUCGAGGAGGAAAGAGCGAGGGAGGAGACAAAGAGAGCGAGGAAGGAAAGGGGAGAUACGGACGAGGAAGGGGAGAAGGACAAGGAGAGAGGAAAGGGAGUCCAUGAAAAGGUGAAGCGUAGAGAGGAGGGGGCACAGCACAGGGGUACGAGAGUUGAAUGCAGGGAGGCUAGGAUUGGGGAAGCAGUUGAGGAGGAAAGGAAGGGAGAAGAAGACACGGGGGCUGCUGAAAGACGCAAGGCAGAGAGUGAGGGAGAGUGCAAGAGGGGGAGCGAGCUUGAGCAGGGAAAGCACGUGGUGAUUGAGGGUGAAAAGGCCAAGGGGAAGGGGCUGGCGCACAAGGGAGUGCAGGAUGGGGGUGGGGUAGACAUGGUUAGAGAAAGCCAGACGAGGGUGCAAUCACCAGCAGCCGCAGCACAAGCCAAGUCACCACCAAUACAAGUAGCAAGGGAAGCAAUGGCAACUGGGGGAGAAGCAACGACACAAGCCAAGUCACCUUCAAUAGCAGCAAUGCCAGAAGGUGCAACAACAGAGGAUGAGAGAAUAGCACCUGCGGAAGCACAGGCAGACCCACCAGUGCAAGCAGCAGUGCCUGGAAGAGCAGCAACGGCACAGGCAGAAGCAGCAGCACAGGCGAACGCAAGGGCAGACGCACAAGCAAGGCUAGCAGUACCAACAGCAGAGCAAGCACGUGCGCAUGCAGCAGCAGGGCCGGAGCAGCUGAAGGGAGGUGAUGGCAGAGAGGAGGUGUCAGGGAGUGGGGAAAAACAAGCAGCGCAGUCAAAACCACCAGUGGAAGCAGCAGUGGCUGGAAGAGCAGCAGAGCAAGCACGUGCGCAUGCAGGAGCAGGGCCAGAGCAGAUGAAGGGAGGGGAAGGCAGACAGGAGGUGUCAGGGAGUGGGGAAAAACAAGCAGCGCAGUCAAAACCACCAGUGGAAGCAGCAGUGGCUGGAAGAGCAGCAGAGCAAGCACGUGCGCAUGCAGGAGCAGGGCCAGAGCAGAUGAAGGGAGGGGAAGGCAGAGAGGAGGUGUCAGGGAGUGGGGAAAAACAGGUGCCUGGUGCAGAACCAGGGGGUGGGGGAGGCGGUAGGGAUAGAGUGCAAGGAGCGGUGUUGGAGCCAAAAGUGGGGCAGAGGGCGAGAGGGGAUGAAGCAACGUUAAGGAAAGCAGUGACAGACUUGGAAAGGGAGCAUGGGGCGACGCCCACUGAUGGCGGUCGGAAGGCAAGGGAAUCGGGGAGCUGGGAGAGGGGGAGAGAAGGCGAGGAAAGGAUGGUCCGGAGGGAUGGGGAUAGGACCAGGGACAGGGAAAGAGAUGGGGAGAGAGGUUGGGAAAGGGAUAUUUACAGGGCGAGGGAUGGGAGGAGAGAAAGAGGCAGGGAGAGAGACAGGGAGAGAGAAGGAGACAAGGACAGGGGAAGAACUGGUGACAGGGAUUGGAGCAGGGAGAGAGACAAGGAUACGGAAAGGGGCAGGGAGAGGGCGUCUGUAACAUCAUCAGAUCAAAAGAAGAAGCGGGUAUUCGACAUCCCAGAGGUGGUGAAGCAGCUGAAAACGAGCGUGUGGAUCCAGGACGGCAGUCAGGGGUUCUUCAUGUGGUGUCUCAGGCGAGAGGGGGAUGCGAGGCAGCGAGUGAGCGGGGUGAAGCGAGAGGCUGAGAGACGGCGGAGGGAGAUGAGGAUGCGGGAGGGGAGAGGAGGGGAGAGGGGGAGGGAAGGAGAUAGGGAUAGGGCGCGGGAGACUGAGAGGAUAAGGGAGAGCGAAAGAGAGAGGAUGCGGGAUAGAAGUAGAUCAGGAUCAAGAGAGAGGGAGAGAGUGUGCGCGAGGGAAGGAGAGAAGAAGAGCACUGGUGAUGGGCAGAAUCGCAGUGGCCAGCAGCACCAUGCGCCCUCCUCUAACCAGCAGCAGCAGCGGCACCAGCAGCACUACCAGCAGGGUCAGCGCCAGCAAUCACCCCAUCACCAGAGCCAGCAGCAGCAGCAGCAGCAGCAGCAACAAAAACCUCAAGGGCCUUCUCCCCGUGAAGCUCCGUCGAAGUGGGCUAAUCUUGUGGAGAAAAGCCGAGCUACUCUGGUUGGAAGAACAGGAACCGAUUCUGCAACCUCUGCUGCUGCUGCUACUUCUGCUGCUGGUGCUCGUCCUGGUUCAACCCCAUCCACAGCCACAAGAAUACCACCGCCACCAGCGUCGGCAGCAGAGAGCCGCAAGAGGCAGCGUGAAGCAGCAGCAGCCGAGAUGCCAGCUGGCAGCAUGCUACAGUCCAAACGACCCCACCGUGCCACGUCUCCUGCAGAGCUGGGGCUUGACUGGGGGCCCGCUGGUGGGGGAAACAGAGGCGGAGGAGGGGGAGGAGGAGGAGAGAGAGGGGGAAGGGGAGGGGGAGGGGGAGGGGGAGGGGGAAGAUUAGAGGGGAACGAUAAAGAUUCUGGGCUGGACUGGGGAGGCGGAGGUGGGUUGGAGAGGAGCAAGAGUGUAGGCAGAAAGCAAGCACCCACCGAACCUGUGCCUCUGGUCCGGGCCCCACGUCCCCCGGGCAUCACGGCUAGGCCUGGGAUCACAGGGAGCAGCAGCAGCAGUAGAAGCAGUGCACAGCACCAUCAAUCUUCCCUUCAGCACCAGCACCAGCAUCAGCAGCACCAGCAGCAGCACCAGCAGCAGCAGUUGAGAGCAGCGAAGGCAGGAUCAUCGUUCGUAGAUGACAUCUUGUCUGGGGUAGCAGAUGUGAGUAGGGCGCAAGUGAUUGGUCAGCAGAUUGCGGAUAAUGAUGAAGCUGACGUGGCAUGAGGAACAGUACCCAAGGGACAGUGUAUUAUCGGGUAGUAAGAGAUAGGUUUUGGGGUGAGCUGCCAGCUUUUGCAAGGAGUGGGUCGAGUUUCUCCAUGUGCAAAAUGGAGCUAAGUGGGGCGAAAGGGAGAUACUGGGUAGCAGUACUAAGGUUGAAGUUUUGACGGGCGUUGUCGUGCACUUAUAGACUCGCCUGCUGCUAUUUCUGAAUGAAAUACAAACAUUCCAUUCAU